AUGGUUUGAUGCAUGGAGAUCGGAUACAUCAGCAUCCGCAGGAACUCAAGCAGAAACCCGGGAAUACUUCUCCGGUCGGCCGUUAGCACUAGCCCCGUGUCUUGCCUCACACCGUGCGGGUGCUCGAGUAGCCAGGUGAGCUCGUCUCUUUGUGAUCAGGAAAGCAAAGGAAACACACUGAGUGCUCAUCCUAAGAGUUUACAAUUGACCGGUAUCUCUGAGGGCUUUGAGAGUGUGACCGCAUGAACAAAUGCAGAGCGCGGUGCAUUGUCAUCUUGCAGAGGAGUGACGGUGUCUUAGACCGGCCCGCUGGGAGAGGACGAUGGCCCUGAGCGAUGGAAUCGGCGACCCUCUAGCCCUCAGCAACGGUGGGCAGCAUCCUCUCAGCGGCAGCGGACAUGCACCUUCAAACAUCAGGACAGCAGUCGGCAGUGGCCAGGACCCUCUCGCAUGCGACCCUGCUAGUGACUGUCUGACAGCAGGAGGAGAUGAAGAUGCAGCAUCAAAGUUGCAGCAGCAGCCACACACUAUUCAGCGAGUGAACAGAGCGAGCCAGAACGGUGGCGUGCUCAAACAGAAUGGAUCCCUGAGGAGUCUUCCCCCAGCAUCAGCCGCCUCUUCUUCUCCUGCCGUCGCCGUCAGAAGCCACCUUCCCUCCGCUGUGCCCCCGUCCUCUUCCUCUGCUGCACUCUGCUGCCAGCACUGUCACUUCCCCUCCGCUGUGUGCUGCCCCUGCGGCCAGCAGGAGUGCCCGCUCUUCCAGAAUCCAGGCACAGGUCCAGGUCCCGGCUCUGUUCCCCACACAGGGACCGGUUCAGCCUGCCCGUACUGCCUCUCUGCCUGCACGUACUCUCACCCUCAUUCUCUUCACCACCACCAUCAGCAGCGCUGGCAGGAACACCUUCAGAGCCAGACACAUGCACCAGGGAUCAGCCCUUCGACGCCUUUUCGAUUUCCCAGAAGCUAUGCUGAGCUAAUAGCUGAUUGGCCAGUGGUGGUGCUGGGUGUGUGCACGGUGCUUAUUGUGAUCUGUGCCCUGGUGGGCAUACUUGUGCCUGACCUGCCGGAUUUCUCUGACCCACUGCUCGGCUUCGAGCCACGGGGAACAGCCAUUGGCCAGCGACUAGUCACAUGGAACAAUAUGGUGAAGAACACGGGCUAUAAAGCCACACUGGCCAACUAUCCAUUCAAAUAUGCAGAUGAGCAGGCCAAAAUUCACCAAGAGCCCAGGCGGCCCAAAGACCACUUUGACAGAGACAAACGGCAAGCUGAGUGGGACUUCAGUAAAGAGUUCUUCUGUGAUGUGCCAGGUGACAGUUAUUCUAGACUGGUGUUCUCGUCAGCUGAAGGGAAGAACCUGUGGAGUAUUCAGGCCAUCAAAUCCAUGUGCAAUCUGGACAACGCAAGAGUGCGUUCCCACCGGGACUACUGGAAUCUUUGUCAGCGCACCAAUGCUGACUCCUGCUGCCCCAGCUGGACACUAGGUAACUACAUUGCUGUCCUCAACAACAGGUCAUCCUGCCAGAAGAUUACAGAACGAGACGUAUCGCACACACUCAAGAUCCUGCGCUCGUGUGCCAAAUACUAUCAUAACGGCACUCUGGGACCCGACUGCUGGGACAUGACCCUGCGGCGGAAAGACCAGCUAAAGUGUGCCAGUGUGCCCCGCAAGUGUACAAAAUACAACGCCAUCUACCAGAUCUUUCACUUUCUGGUAGACAAAGACUUCCUGAGUCCCAAGAGCCUGGAGUAUCCUCCGCCUGUGCUCAAGUACAGCAUGCUCUUUUCCCCCACGGAGAAAGGCGAGUCUAUGAUGAACAUUUACCUGGACAAUUUCGAGAACUGGAACGCCUCCGACGGCAUCACCACGGUCACAGGGAUCGAGUUUGGCAUUAAACACGACCUCUUUCAGGACUACCUCCUCACAGACACGGUGUAUCCUGCCAUAGCCAUAGUGAUUGUCCUGCUGGUCAUGUGCGUGUACACGCGGUCAGUUUUCAUCACACUCAUGACAAUAAUAGCCAUCAUCAGCUCGCUGAUUGUGUCAUACUUUCUCUACCGAAUGGUUUUCAACUUUGAGUUCUUCCCCUUCAUGAACCUCACAGCCCUGAUCAUCCUGGUAGGCAUCGGUGCAGAUGACGCCUUUGUGCUUUGUGACGUGUGGAACUACACUAAGUUCGAUAAGCCUCACGCUGAGCUGGCAGAGACGGUCGGCGUGACCCUUCAACACGCGGCCCUCUCUAUGUUUGUCACCAGCUUCACCACUGCUGCUGCUUUUUAUGCCAACUAUGUCAGCAACAUCACUGCCAUUCGCUGCUUCGGAGUCUACGCUGGCACUGCCAUAUUGGUCAACUAUAUUUUAAUGGUGACAUGGCUGCCCGCCGUGGUGGUGCUACAUGAACGCUACCUGCCGAACAUGUUCCUCUGCGCUAAGCCUCAGCACCAGCAGACAGGUUGUUGCACGCAGAUGUUCUGGGCCGGUCUUUGCCAAAAGGCCAACAACUGCCUCUUCACAGUUUCGGAGGCGUCGAGGAUAUUCUUUGAGAAGGUGCUGCCCUGCAUCGUCAUCAAGCUCCGCUACCUCUGGCUCUUCUGGUUUCUUGCCAUGACCGUGGGCGGGGCCUAUGUGGUUUGUGUAAACCCAAAGAUGAAGCUCCCCUCCUUGGAGCUGGCAGAGUUUCAGGUCUUCAGAUCUUCUCACCCAUUUGAGCGCUAUGAUGCAGAGUACAAAAAGCUUUUCAUGUUUGAGAGAGUCCAUCAUGGUGAGGACCUCCACAUGCCCAUUACCAUCAUCUGGGGGGUGACCCCUGUGGAUAAUGGAGAUCCCCUGAACCCCAAAAACAAAGGAAAGCUGAUGCUGGAUAGCAGUUUCAACAUUGCCAGUCCAGCAUCUCAGGUCUGGAUCCUCAACUUCUGCCAGAAAAUGAGAAACCAGAGCUUCGUCUUUCAGUCCGAAGAGCAGGACUUCACCAGCUGCUUCAUCGAGACGUUCAAACAGUGGAUGGAGAACCAGGACUGCGACGAGGCCUCUGUCUACCCUUGCUGCAGUCAGUCCAUCUUCCCAUACAAACAGGAUGUCUUUGAGUUGUGUAUCAAAAGAGCCAUCAUGGAGCUGGAUCGGAGUACUAACUACCACCUUGACAGCAAGACCCCUGGACCUCGAUUUGACAUCAACGACACCAUCAGAGCCAUUGUUUUAGAGUUCCAGAGCACCUUCCUCUUCACAUUGGCCUAUGAGAAGAUGUACCAGUUCUACCGCGAGGUGGAUGCCUGGAUCGAGGAGGAGCUUCGCUAUGCCCCAGCAGGCCUCAGCUAUGGCUGGUUUGUGAGCAACCUGGAGUUCUAUGACCUUCAGGACAGCCUGUCAGAUGGGACUCUGAUUGCUAUGGCGCUGUCAGUGGCCGUUGCUUUCAGCGUCAUGCUCCUAACCACCUGGAAUUUCAUCAUCAGCCUGUAUGCCAUCCUGUCCAUUGCAGGGACCAUAUUUGUCACAGUGGGCUCUCUGGUGCUUCUGGGCUGGGAGCUCAAUGUCUUGGAGUCUGUGACCAUUUCAGUGGCGGUCGGACUGUCAGUGGACUUUGCUGUCCACUACGGCGUGGCCUACCGACUUGCCCCAGAGCCGGACCGUGAGGGAAAGGUGAUAUUUUCCCUCAGUCGGAUGGGUUCUGCUAUUGCAAUGGCAGCACUAACCACCUUUGUUGCCGGCGCAAUGAUGAUGCCGUCAACUGUCCUGGCCUACACGCAGCUGGGCAUGUUCAUGAUGCUGAUCAUGUGCAUCAGCUGGGCCUUUGCCACCUUCUUUUUUCAGUGCAUGUGCCGCUGCCUGGGGCCCCAGGGCACCUGUGGCCAGAUACCACUGCCCAAAAAACUGCAGUGUCAGGCCUUCACCGAGACCACAUCCAGCAGCCCCUCGCCCCAGGGGAAGAGUUCUGGUCUUGCGAAAUACCAGCUGGACAGCAAGGGUGGUGAGGUGGAACAUUAUGAGCUGGAGCCUUUAGCAUCCAGUCAAAAAACUGAGGAUAAACCGCACGAAGAGCGUGAUUCCAGCACUCAGCUUUAUAACAGAAUUCCUCCUCACCACCACGCUGCUCCUUUUCCAAACAUUCAUUACUCGAACACCGAAGCCGGCGAAAGAGGAUCUGAGAAUGGGCACGUAGCCACGCUGAGCACACCGUGCAGGUGCCAGUACUCGCAAAACACCAACUGCACAUGUGGGGAUCCUCCUCAUCUGCUUCAGCAGUGGAACCCACAUUCCUGUGCGCAGGAUUCUCGCUCCUGCCCUCCAACCUCUCAGCUCUUCCCCCUCUCAGGAAGCCCCCUCAGCAAACAAAACGCGACCCUUUUACCAACAAACCUGGACCCAGCCUACACACGCGUGGAGUGCUGUAUGCACUACUUCCACUGUCCACUCACUCAUUUCCACCACUGCUCACAGGGGAGAGUGGUGACCCCCAGGCAAGGAGCUCCCCACACCUGUCACCUCAGGAAGCAGUGUGUCCAUACUGCGGCCCUGCAGGCUGCCUCAGUAGGAGACCAGAGAUUCACAAGCCCAAAGCAGGACGCUGGCCCGGAUCCAGGACCAGGACCUGGCUCUGAUUCUGAGACUGCUGGAGAAGUCAUAGUUCAUAGGCAUGAAAUGUCAUUACCUGACAGUAGCCAAAAUAUCAGCACCACAGCACAGCCUCAAAGCCCCUGCCCCUCCCCCUCUGCAGGCUCAUUACACAAAAGCUGCCAUGAAUGUGCAACGGACACCAGCCGUUAUCGUGGUGAUAACCACACACCCACCACAAGAACUGAAACUGCAAUGCACAUGGAUGUUUGCAAAGUCCCUGGCGACCAGGACAAGCCUGACAGUAUUCCCGUCACACGGGAAGAGACAAGCAAGCGGAACUCAAAAAGAGAGCGGGCGGCCUCUGCCUCUCCAAAGAAACUCAACUGUUUUAACAGGACGUUGAAAGUGAAGUGCAGUUCAGCGUCAGACGUGCCAAAAAGCGAAGCCAGUGUGCCUCCUAUUGCAAUAAGCACUACUAAUCCCUCUUCUGAAAGUUUAUGCUGACAAUAAGUGAAGUCAGUAUCACAAACCAAAAGUCCAAGAAAUGUUGUGCAAUCGUACAAGGUGUGGGAUGUGUUGACCAAGUGCCUCAGUGUGUUUCAUAAAGCACGGACUCACUACAUGUAUUCAGUUUAGUUUUCUUUUUGUACUCCCAGCGUUUCACGUCCCAGAUGUGAUUGUUGUUUUUUAACAGUGAAACAAACACUAUUGAUGAAGCUGCAUCAUCACUGUGGGAAGCCAAUGGUCGUUUUUUUUAGUUUUGUUGGCGACGCCAGUUUGAAAUGUUUUUAAAUCGUGUGUUAAAUACGCAGCAGCCAUUCGCACCGACAUGAAAUCGCGCCGCCUCUGUUGCUUUGUGUUGUGGUCAGUGCCACGUCUUACAAGCUUGUUGCUCUCUAUCACUUUUUUGUAUGUGCUGGAGUCCGUGUUCACUUCCCAGUGUACUCUUGUUGCCACUUGCCUCAGAUAAAAGCUGUACUGUAUGAUUAAAC